GCCCGUGACGUCACGACGCGCGGGCGGGGCGGGGCGCCGCUUUGAAUCGGCGCGGGACGCGGGCUCGCGGCCGAGGGCGGCAUGGGGACGGUGGAGCCGGCGGUCGGCACGCGGCCGGACGACGGGGACACCGUGGGCGUGCGGCGAAUCGAGGUUCCGCGGCCGCCCUCCAUCGAGGAGUUCACCAUCGUGAAGCCCAUCAGCCGCGGCGCCUUCGGGAAGGUUUACCUGGGCCGAAAGGCGGGGAGGCUCUACGCCGUGAAGGUGAUGAAGAAAGCAGACAUGAUCAAUAAAAACAUGGUUCACCAGGUCCAGGCAGAGAGGGAUGCAUUGGCUCUCAGUAAAAGUCCUUUCAUUGUGCACUUAUACUACUCACUUCAGUCAGCUAAUAAUGUCUAUCUGGUGAUGGAAUAUCUUAUUGGUGGAGAUGUCAAAUCUCUUCUCCAUAUUUAUGGAUAUUUUGAUGAAGAAAUGGCUGUAAAAUAUAUUUCUGAAGCAGCACUGGCUCUUGAUUAUCUUCACAGGCAUGGGAUAAUCCACAGGGAUCUGAAGCCGGACAAUAUGCUCAUUUCUAAUCAAGGCCACAUAAAGUUGACAGAUUUUGGGCUUUCCAGAGUUACUCUGAACAGAGAGAUAAAUAUGAUAGAUAUCCUCACUACACCAUCAAUGGCAAAGCCGAAACAAGACUACUCACGUACUCCUGGGCAACUGUUGUCUCUCAUCAGCUCUCUGGGUUUUUAUACCCCUGUUGGAACAAAAAUGCCAGGGCCCAAUUCGCAUCGAGCUUCUGAUGAUCUGUGUGGAGUGGUUUCUCCUGCAUCUGUAGUCCAAAAGGAAAAUACCCCUCUUUCAACAAAAUUAUUCAAAACAUGUCUUGAUAAUUCUGCAUUCACCCCUGGGAUGCCAGUGAGGAGUUUAACUCCAACUCUACUUCAGUCAAGAAAAAGGUUUGGUACCUCCAGUGCCAGUAGUCAGUCACACACACGUGUGUCUAGUAUGGAAUCAGAAUGCUGCAGCAGCCCCAGGUGGGAGAAGGAUGUAGAGCAAACUGAAGAUGAACUAUGUUCUACAACACGCAAAACAAAUAACAGCGGGUCAGCUCCCCUUUCUAAUGUACAAUUACUGAAUGGCAAAGAUAUUAAAGAAUUAAAGAAAAAAGAACUUGAGUCAGCCAUUUCUCCCAUCAGUAGCAAUGAUUCUAGCAGCAGGCAGAAAUUAGUAAUUGAACAUUCUGAUGUGAUGGGUACUCCUGUAACUGCACUGGAUGUGAAAGGCAUAGUCAGAAAAUGUCUCUCUGAAAAUAAGAUUUGGGAAGAAAAACUUGCUGCAAAUAAAAGUCAUACGACUAAUGAGACAGGAGAAACUUCCAGUCACCAGCAGUCACCUUCAUGGUUGAAUGAUCCUAUCAAGUCUAUCAAAGAGGAAGAAAUUCUUGAAAAACCAGGUGUAAAAAGAGGCUUUGAACUAGUUGAUACUAGUCCUUGUCAGGAACUUAACUAUGUUAAAAAAAGCAAUGCAGAAUAUAAACGUGGCUGUCGAAUCUCAGAAUUUCAAGUAAACCAAAGGACAGGUUUGACAACAGAAAUUCAGUCCUUAAUGCUUUGUGAUGAUAGAUGCCUACAAGAGACCUGCAAAAGCAAGGAACAAAUUACGGGUUAUGUUGGAAGGCAGCAAACACUAGAUAAACCCAUUACUCCAAUAAUAGCUAAAAAUCUUAUGUGUGACCUGGAUGCGGACUAUGACAAGGAUGAUAAAAAGGAGUAUAUGAAUUCAAGUUUCUUAGGCACUAAUGAUGAAAAGCCUCUAGGAAUCCUUAGUGCAGACUCUGAUUUAUCCUUUCCUGAAAUGUCUGUUACAGAGAGCCAUUUAGAAAAGCAGCUCUUAGAUUUGGAUAAAAGUGUUAAAGACCUCUCCUUUGAAGAACUAAAACCCGAAGACAUGCUAAUAACAUCAUCAAAAUCCCAAGAUGCUUCACAAAAUGGAGAAGAGCAUGUUGUCCAGGACUGCAAGUUGUUACAUCAUGCACAAGAUGACCAAAAACAUGUGGCGGAAACUCACCUUGACACAGUAUCUUCUCCUUCAGAAAAGAUAAUGAAAACAAUGAACGUCUUCAAAAAAAAUUCUGUUGUUUUUCGAAGCUAUAACAGUCCAAUUAAUGUAUCCAAUGCAUCUGAGCCAUGUAGUAUGGCUUCCUUGGAUAUAAUGGAAUUUUCACCUGCUUGUAGUGGAUCUUACCCAACAGCUAUUACUCCAUCACAGAAAGGAAGACCACAUAGGGUAUAUCAGACGCCUCAUCAGGGAGAUGCUGAUACACCAUACAGGACUCCAAAGAGUAUAAGAAGAGGAGCUGCCCCAGUAGAAGGUGAACGCAUCCUAGGGACUCCAGACUACCUGGCGCCUGAGCUGCUUUUGACAAAGCCUCAUGGUUCUGCUGUAGACUGGUGGGCUCUUGGAGUUUGUCUGUUUGAGUUUCUAACUGGAAUUCCACCUUUUAACGAUGAAACACCAACACAGGUCUUCCAAAAUAUUUUGAAAAGAGAUAUUCCCUGGCCUGAGGGUGAAGAAAAGCUGUCUGAUCAUGCCGAAAAUGCAAUAGAUAUUCUUUUAACAAUUGACAGUACUAAGAGAGCUGGACUGAAGGAACUGAAACAUCAUCCCCUCUUUCAUGGUGUAGACUGGGACAAUCUACAGCAUCAAACUAUGCCUUUUAUACCUCAGCCAGAUGAUGAAACUGAUACCUCUUAUUUUGAAGCUAGGAAUAACGCUCAGCACCUGACUGUGUCUGGAUUUAGUUUAUAGCAUCAAGAUAAGUGAACUUGCUCCAUGGUUUUUGCACACUUAUAGGUUGUCCAAUAACACUAGUUUGGUCUUACUAAGUUUUCUUGACAAAUAUAGAGUGUUUUAAGUGAUCAAUCUGCUUUUAUUAUUGUUUCCUUUAUUCUAAAGUGAAACUACUGUACAAAACUUGGUAUCAAGUGCCUUUAUGCUACUACUUAUUUAUCUCACUUACUGCACCUUACUGAGAGGCUGGAGUGCUGUAUUUUUUUUAGUUAGUAACACUUUACUUGGCAAAAGAUUGUUCUCUUGUUUGUUUAAGGGAUGUGUAACCAGUUAGGAGGUAGGGAACUAUUUUACUUUAAAUGUAAUAGGGAAAGGAUGUACAUGCAUGCUAAUUGCUUUAAAUACAACUUACCUACCUGUGGUUCAGCGUAAUCUCAUUUGGGAGUAGUCCUUUGGAACCAAUUUGAAUAUAUAUCCCUUGUGCAAAACUGAUGUUCCCAUUCAUGAUGGGAAACUGAAGUCUUAACACACUGUUGAAACAUCUUCUCUGUUUAUCUUAUUCCAAGAAGGGUUAAGACAGGCAGUGUUGUUCAAAGUUAACUCAGCAGUACAUGUCCUGUCAGUGUUGUGAAGACUGCCAAUAGUUCUACUGCCUGUCAUCCUUUCCUAGACCAAUGGGGUAAGGAAAGAAAACUUGGGGCAAUUCUAUUAGUCAGAUACUUUGUUGAAAUUGUUGUAUUGUAACCACUGAGAACAUGCUGUAGGAGGAUGGACUUGAGCAGUGCACAUUUUAGCAAUUACUUGUUUUAAAUAGAAAACACUGAGUAUGUGUGUUUGCAUUCUUUCUUAUGUCAGAUGUUAGAAAACAAAAAAAAUCAUCUGAGUGUUGGCUAAUAGGUGAAGUAUUAUUAUUGACAUUGAAGCUGCUAUAUAUUAAAGACUAUAAUGUAUAGCAAGUUAACAGUCUAUUGUAAAUUCACAACUAGAUUUCACUAGAACCUGAGUUUUAAGUAUAUUUUCAGUAUUAUACUUUCUAAUUAGGGGAAAAUGUAUUUAUACUUCAAAAAUGCAACAUGAAAAAAUUUGCAUGGGGGCUAGAUUUUAAAGGUUUGUUGCAGCUAAUACUGAUUAAAUUGUCGUCUUUUAAUAGUGUUUUUUUUUCCUGCAUAGGUAUCUUUCUCAGCUGGCUUAUUGAAGAUUUUUAUUUUUCAGGUUUGUACUUGUUAGUUAAAAGUUCACGCAUGCUGGAUGGUGGUGCCAGCCCCAGUGGCUUUAUGCCAGAAGCCUAGCAUUUUGCUUGUGACUUUUGUCAACUGACUUUUCAGACUGUUUCAUGAAUUGACAUUUCAUGACCAGGAGAAUGAGUUGUCCCUUCGUUGCCCAGCUUCCUGGAACACAAGAUUUAGUGAAUGGAAUUCUGAGUAAACACUGUUCCCUCGAUUUCCUGCUUGUCCUUUCAGAUAGCUAAGAAAGAAUCAGGAAGGGAGUGGAAAAAGUCCUAAGAUUUCUUGGACAAAAGAGAGCUAAUUACCAACAGUUCAGAAUGCUUGUGUUACUGCAUACAUUGACGUAGAGCUGGGAUUCAGCAUACUGAAAUAGAAUUUUGGAAAGUUGCAAGACAUUUGUAACUUUUACUCCCUUCACUAAGGGCUUCAAUUUCUGAAAGCUUCUAAACUUAUUGAGUUUAAUGCUACAUGGAAAAAAAUGAGUAAAGAACUGCAUGUAACAUUACAGAAGCAUGAUCGAUAGAAGAUAUGAACAGAAGUUCUUUAGCAUAACUUUAUUUUAAAAAUACAGACUUCUCCUUUGUGUACUUGGAAUGUACUGAACUCCAACAAAAAUUAAUACUUUAAUUGAAAUAAUCGCAGGUAUUUUAAGCAAUUAAUUUUUACAUUUGUAGCAAUAUUGUUUAGAAAAAAGACUAGUCUUAUGAGAAUGUCAGUUUCACACUAAGGAAAAUCCUCUAUAAAAACAUGCUAGGAAAUGAUGUAAAUUUAACACCAAGACUGUUGUGUUCAGUAGCUUACGGCUGGUUACAACAUUUCCCAUUUUGCAGUAGAAUGCAUUCACAUUAUGAUUAAGAAUUAUUUCAAGGAGUUAGUGGCUAUUUAUCUUCAAAAUGUCAGACUUCUACAAUUAUUUUUUUUCUUAAUCAGCUGCGAGGAUCAAGCAAGUUUUUAUUUAUAACUUUUUUUAACUUAUCACAAUGAACUACAGAACUACUGAAAGGUCUGAUGACUUUUAAGUAAUCUAAUGUUAGCAUAGUUACACAGAACUAGAGAUGAUAGUAUACAGAAGCAUUAGGCAGAAAGAAUCUUCGUAACUUAUUUAGUUCUAACAACCUCAAACCUUCCAGAAAAUCAUGGUUCUUCUACCAUAGUUUUAUGAUGCAAUACAAAAACAAAUACUACAGAACUAUAUAUAAGCCAGCUGCCCCAUCAGAAUGCCUAAUGUAAACUGUUACCACUGCAGCAUGUGUACAGUGCUGUCUAUGGCUGACUUUGGUUAAAUUUGGCACAGUUAGCACUGAAGACUUAUUAUACCCCAUUCUAUUCAAUAUCUUGUUUUUAUCCUGAUGAUAGCAAGCAGAGUUUAGUAUUACAUGUUGAUUGAUUUUUCUAAAAAAUGUCUUAGCUUUAUUCUUCAACAUAAUCUGUCUCAAAGAGCCUCCUUGUUAACUCAGGUGGGGGGCAAAAUAUGGUAUUGAUGCUCAACCUGAAAGACAAUAUAGGGAAAAAUACAAAAAAAAUAAUCAAAUGUAGUAGCUGCAGAUGAUUAAAGCUGCUUCCUGUUAGUAGUCAACUACAGCUGUGGAGUAUCACUCAGCAGCCAGCUGUGACCUGUUUUGUUUUGGUUUUCAUGUGCAUAACCUACAUAUAAAUGCUGUAGCUUCCAUGUUAUCCUGGGGCGGGGGGCAGUUUAUCUGCUGUUACCUGGGCAGAAGUGUGCUAAAAGCUGUAAAAUCAGUAACUGGCAUGCUUCCUUCUACAGCAGUAGCUGUGUCUCAGACAACUGUCACUACCUCUAACUUGCUGUUAUACUUGCCUAUGUGUCACACAGGGUUUGGAGAUGAAGAUGCUGAAAUGUUGAUGUGUGUUCUUGAGCUAUUAGGUUCCAGUCUCAGUAUGAUCAGGGUUUACCUAUGGUCACUUCCAGUAAACUGUAUUCUUUUGCUAUCUGUUAGCUUUUCUAAAAAUAUACUUUGCACUGUCCUAUAUUAAAAAAUAAAUAAAUAAACACUGCAAUCUUG